UUUUUUAUACUGAUUUUUGCUGUUUUAGUAUAUUAAUGUAUUUAUAUGUAAAACUGAUUGAUUUAAUUUGUAAUAGGUUUAGAUGAGUUAUAUUUGUAGGUAAGACUAAUUGAUUUAUGUUCUUUUCCUUUCUUGAGGCUUGUAUAUUAAAGUUGGAGAAACUGAGAUAGAUAAUAGAGCAGAAGACAUACACUAUAAAAUUUAUGUCCUAGCUUGAUAAUCAAAUGAUGAAGGGUCUUUCUUCUGGUGUUGUGUAGCACUCUUUAAUUUCCUCAGUGGAUUAAUCACUUUGCAAUAGUUUGAUUUCGAGGUCAGUGGUAAUAAAUAAGAGUUUGUUUUAAAAAGAGAGAAAAUGGGAAGGUUAACAAUUAGAGGACUUGUACGGUGAAGUAUUAACUUUGAAGGAUCUUUGGCAAAGGAAUUGGACCAAUAGAAAGCUAGAAUCUGGGAGGGCAUGAGGGUGUUUCGGUUUACCUUAAUCUGUAGCCUUUAGUCUUUCCUAUGUGCUUAUCUGUUAGUUUUAGUUUGUUGUUUGUUUUGAGGACUGUUUUCUGUUUGUAUCUUAUUGCUGUGCUUGUGACCGGGUGUGUUUCUGCCUGGAUUUGUUGAUUUUUUACUGCAACGCCCACCCCUUCUAUGGGCUUCUUUGUGAGUGGGUUGAAGUAUCGGAAAAAAAGAUUUCAACGUGGAAUUUUGGUUUGAGUUGAAGGUUUUUUUGUUAUAUUUGUCUUUUUCUUCAUUCAGGAAGGGUCUUCUAUGUUCUGUUCUUUGGCCCUUUUGUUUUCCAUUGCACGUUUAGAUCAAAGAUGCUAAAAAGUGCAAAAAAAAAAGGAGUCACUGUAGAAGAUAUAUUGUGGCACAUAAAAACAUAAUCACAAGUCACAGCCACACACUUGGGUUUUUCUAGAGGAUUGUUCAUGUUCACAAAAAGAAUAUUGGAAUGCUGCUGUAUUAGUUUAUUUUCCAAUGGAAUAUAUUUCAUUGAAAAACAAAAAAUAUAAUUUCAGCUUUUGCAUUGUAUCGUUCAUUUUCAGGGUGUUUUCUUUUUCUUGAUUAAUAUCUGGACAAUUGAUUAUUUAAGUGAGACCGGGUCAACCGGUUACCCAGUAACCCAGUAGUCCAACUGGUUUGAUUACUAGUUCGAUUCUGAAAACUAUGGUUUAUUUCCUUCAAUUUUGUUUAGUUAGGGUUUAGGGUUUAUGGAUUGGAGUUUUGUGCAUAAAACGUGGGAUAAGUGGGCUUCCUCUAACGUUGGUCAUUCUGGUCACCCUUUGAAAGCUGCUUUGUUGAUUAAUUAUGACCCAACUGGACCCUCUCGCUUGUUAUCUACCAUUGCUGAACAGGAAGGAAUCAAAGCCAAUCCCAUGGAAUUGACUCACUUUCUAGACUUCAUCAAGCGCAAUCAACUCCAAUCAGAAACCUUCAUUAUUGCCUCCAAUGAGUACUUGGUGACCUCAAUUCACGAGAAUUGGUUUAGUGGAAGGUGCAUAAACACAUCAAAGCCUGCUGGUGAAGGUGCAAUUGUUAUUCAAACGGCAGCAUAUAUCUUAGUUGCUUUGUAUGAAGGGUCCAUUGGUCCGGCAUCUCGUGCUAUGGCGGCUGCUGAUCAGUUAACUUGGCAAUUAGGACGGAAAAAUCUCUAGAUGUGAAGUUGCACAUCCACAUUUGUUUGUAUCUGUUAGGAAGAGAGCAAAUUAUCAGAAUAUUUAUGCCCCUUUCUUGGGCUUGCUCAAAUGAGAAAAUGUUAAUCACACAUUAAGUACUGAUUUUAUUGUACCAUAGAAAACCUACCAAUUUUGUGUAAGAUAAUAUAAAUAAGAUUUUUUGGCUGAUAAGCUAAUCUAAGCUUGUUUCACCAGUGUCAUGCAGAACUUACUAUA